ACCAACCGACAGACAAGGAGAAGCAUGGGUUAGUUUUCUUGGCUUGGAAUUGAAGGGAUAUGAAUAGCUACGGCAGUUAGAACCACUCUCUUCCUCUCUUUCACUCACUCUCUCAUCACUCUCUCUAUCUCUCUCAUCUGUCUUGGAUCUCUCUCUCUCUCUCUCUCAUACACACACAAUUACAUUUUACACACAAACAACACUGGAUGUACGGACAUCCUUUUGUUGCUUUGACCGGCGGCGCCACCACCACAAAGUCGUAGAAAAAGUCUCUCACCCUCUCACCCUCCCUCCACUUGUCACCCCGACUCUCAGCUCGUCAAGAGCUCCAUCCUCUUUCUCUCUCAUCCACAAAUUUUAACCCAAAACCAAUUACUUCCCACUAAAAACUAGGACUAUUACCCCUUAAUUUUCACCAUACAACCCAAGAACAGCUUUCACUACAAGAACAAACUCCACCGCUUUCCUUCUUCCAUAAAUUCUUCGCCUAAUUUACCCUGUUACUUUUCCUUCUCUUCUUCAAUCUUUAUCUAUUUCUCUCGGAUUUGUUCCAAGCUUUUUUUUUUCUUUUUUUCUUUUUUUUUAAUUGGGUUUUUCUGAUAUUGCAUGGCUUUGAUUGUGGACCAACAAUCGAACUUGAAGCACUUUUGUCGAAUCUGCAAAAAAGGUUUUGGCUGUGGCAGGGCGCUGGGUGGUCAUAUGCGGGCGCAUGGAAUAGGCGACGAGAGUGCCCACAUCGACGACGAAGACCAGGCCAGUGAUUGGGAGGAAAAGCUGGGCGGCAACGUUCCACCUAGCAACAAGCGCAUGUACGCUUUGAGAACCAACCCGAAUCGUCUAAAGAGCUGCCGGGUUUGUGAGAAUUGUGGCAAGGAGUUCUUGUCCUGGAAAUCCUUUCUCGAACAUGGGAAAUGUAGCUCGGAAGACGCCGAGUCUCUCGUGUCAUCACCGGGCUCCGAAGGCGACGACGGCAAUGGUAGAAGAGGCUGUGGUGGUUGGUCUAAAAGAAAGAGAUCAUUGAGAGCCAAAGUUGGCAAUUUCAAUUCCCAUUGCCCUUCUAGUGAGGAAGAAGAUCUUGCUAAUUGCUUAAUGAUGUUGUCCAAUGCUACAGUUGAUCCUUCGCUGGCGGAGGCCGAGGAAUCAUGUGCGUCCGCAAGCAAAGAUGAAGAACAACAACGGAGCAGACACCACCCAUUGAAUUUCAUUGCUCCUAUUUCUUGUAGUGUUCCUCCGGACAACAACAAGGCCAAAGGGGUCGCCAAAGGUUUGUUCGAAUGCAAAGCUUGCAAGAAAGUUUUCAAUUCCCACCAAGCCUUGGGUGGUCAUAGAGCUAGUCACAAGAAGGUUAAGGGGUGUUUCGCUGCUCGCCUUGACCACCUCGACGAUAGUCUAGCGGACGACGACGUUAUCACACAUGAAGAAUUCUUCCCAACUAAAUCCAAUUCAACCUUGCAGUUCGACCAUGGCUCUAAUGCCCCACUGGCUACGUCGUCCAAGAGAAAAUCCAAAGUGCAUGAAUGCUCCAUUUGUCACCGAAUUUUCUCGUCGGGACAAGCAUUGGGGGGCCACAAACGGUGCCAUUGGAUCACCAGCAAUACCCCUGACACGUCCACAUUAGCUAAGUUUCAUCAGUUUCAAGAAACCAUGGAGCAGGUUAAUCAAACGGCGCCCAAGUUGGAAACUAUGGAGGCUCUUGAUCUCAAGCUAGAUCUUAACCUGCCCGCGCCAGUAGACGAACUAGCCGGAGGCCGGCGUGAGCAUGUAAACCGACAUAGCUUUGAGAUGUCUACAGAAAUUUACUUACAGCCUUGGAUAGGAGUAAAAGAAGAGGAAAAUAAUCAACAUCGCUGUCAACAAACCCUCCACCAAAAGCACCAAAAUGACAAUGACAACAUUAAUAACGAUGAGUACAAAAAUAACAACAACAACAACAACAACAACAACAACAAUAAUAAUACUAGUAAUGGUUCGAUGAUGAUGCAGAAUGUGGAUGAUGAAGUAGACAGUAAGGUGAAGUUAGCAAAGCUAAGUGAGCUUAAGGAUAUCAACAUGAGUGAGGGUUCCUCACCAUGGUUGCAGGUCGGUAUUGGUUCAACUACUGAUGUUGGUGCUGACCCUUAAUUUUUUGUUGUCAAAAAACUAUAUGUGAGAGGAUAUUUUCCCUUAUUCUUUUUUUUUUUUCCUUUUUUCUUUUUGGGUAUUUAACUAAUUAAGGAACUGUAAUUAUAAACUCAACAAGCUCAUAAUUCAAUAUUCAAUGUAAAUUUUGGUGGGUCAAUGAGAACUCCCAUUUUUUAUAAGCCCUGAUUCUCAGUUCAGGCACAUUUAUUAUUCU